AUGGAUCGCGGGCUGACCGUCGAAAACCCCUAUGCCAGCGUGAGCCUCCCUCGUGCCCAGCUCCCAGGCAGCUUCCUGAAGUAUUACCUGGGCGAAGGAUGCACCCCGGACAUGGUCCUCUUCAACCCCAGCAGCUGCUGCACUUACUCGGUGCAGGAGAAGGAGAGGGAGGCCGCUCCACAGGGGGGCACGCAAAGGAUCUCAACACAGGAGUCGUGGGCCCAGCCGUACAACCCCUAUGCCAGCCUCAAGGUGCCCCACCAGGGCUCUCCACACCCCUCCCACUGGAAGAGCCAGCAGGAGCAGGAGGGCAGAUGCUGUUCUUGUUGCAGGAAAUGCUGCCCAUGCUGCAGGAAAUGCGCCUGCGUCAUCUCCUAA